GUAAAAUUUGCGCGACAGGACCAAGCAUGGUUCCUGUGUUGUCAUGUGUUGAAACUUUAAUUUGAGACGUAUAAUCAGUGUAAUCUUUGAGCUAUGGAUUUGACCGAGUCAAACUCGGACAGUCUUCGUGUAGAAGUUAUUCUCUCAGAUGGCGGUAAACCGGCGCCAUGUUGUCCACACGGUCCAACUUUACUCUUUGAGAAGAUAGGCAAAGGAGGGAGCAGAGGGAGGCGGUUUUAUGCCUGUUCAGCCUGUCGAGACAGGAAAGACUGCAGCUUUUUUCAGUGGGAAGACGAAAAGGUGUCAGAGGCCCGUCUGCUGGCACGAGAGGUGAAGAACCAGUCCAAGAGGCUGCCCUUCACUCAGCAGGAGUACCGUAGGAGGCUGGAGACAUUUAUCUCACUUCCUCUGGAUCAGAAGAAGUUCUGUGAGGAUUGUCAGACUCUGCUCCUGCCAGAGGAGCACGAAGCCCACUCCCCUCACAGAACCUCAGCUGUCACCGCAGCCCAGCUCAGGAGGCCCAGUGUCCUGCUGCGUCCUCUGGACAACAAGAAGAGCAACGCCCAGUACCUGUUCUCCGAUCGCAGCGCUCUCUUCCUGCUGGAUGCCUUAACCAGCCUGGGAUACAGCAAGGCUGUGUGCGUGGGCACGCCCAGGCUGCAUGAGCUGAUCAAGCUACGAAACUUGGAGCAAAACCAGGAACCAAUGAGAAGUCUGCUGCUGGACAUUGAUUUCAGGUAUGCCCAGUUCUACAGUCAAGAAGAGUUCUGUCACUACAACAUGUUCAACCAUUACUUCUUUGAUGGACAGGCCUCCAGUGCGGUCUUGGAUGCCUUCCUCAGGGAGGGGGAUGGGGAGAAGGUGGUGAUGGUGGCUGACCCUCCGUUUGGUGGUCUGGUGAAGCCUCUGGCCAACAGCUUCUCUCUGAUGUCACGGACCUGGAGAGAUCUGCAGAACUCAGGUGACCGGAACAUUCAGAUGGCUAUGAUUUGGAUCUUUCCGUAUUUCUUUGAGUCUCGCAUCCUGGAGUGUCUCCCCUCUUUCACCAUGUUGGACUACCAGGUGGACUAUGACAACCAUCCUCUGUAUAAACAAGGGAAGACGGGCAGGAGGCAGUCUCCUGUCAGACUUUUCACCAACAUUUCACCCAAACGCAUCAUUCUGCCUAAAGAGGAAGGCUACAGGUUUUGCUCCAUAUGUGAGAGAUAUGUGUGGUCACUGAACAAACACUGUGCUAAAUGCAACAUCUGUCCAUCAAAGGAUGGCCGUGAAUGGAAGCACUGCUCAUCAUGUGAGAAAUGUGUGAAACCAUCGUGGAAACACUGUCAGUCCUGCGGCCGCUGUGCCCUCCCAGACCACCCGUGUGGUGGCAGUGGGGAGGAGGGCUGCUUUAACUGUGGCAGCCUGGAGCACAAACGGAAGUCCUGCCUUGUUAAGAAGGCUCCCGGAAGGACAGGGUGUGGGACCAAAUCGAAGAAAGAUUCCCAUCAUGCUUAUUUCAAGCUUAAAGGCAAGAAGACGUCCGGAGCAAAGAAGCUGCUGGCUGAGGCUCUCUGA